AGCCAUUGGAAUCGUCCGCGUCCGAAACCCGGUCUGGAAACAACGCAAUUGUGGUGGUCAAAUUUGAUGUUAAAGAAAUCGAAAAAUGUGCAAACAGGUGGUGGAGUAUUUUCAGGGUCGGAUAAAGAAAAAAGACGCUGCUGAGGUGAGCUGGUCACACGCAGUGAACAGCAGGAGCAAACUGGCCGAGGCUCUCCAAGGUCCCACUCAUAUGAUUGAGGCUGACAUCAUUGUGAGAGGUCAUGACCCUAAGGAGCCAGUCAUGGGCCACCCUCCUGACACUGACAGUGACAUCACACUGAGGGAGUGGCUUGAAGGUGUCAAGUUGCAUGACAAGGGGAUCAAACUGGACUUCAAGAGCCUGGAGGCACUUUCUCUUUCUGUGGCCCUGUUGCAGGAAGCGCUGGCUCAGUCGAGCGCUCCGGUAUGGAUCAAUGCUGAUGUCCUCCCAGGACCUGGAUGUCAGGACACACCAUUGGAGGCUAAACCUUUCCUGGCUGCUGUUAGGACUCUUCCCACUAAUGUUGUACUUUCCCUUGGCUGGGCCACAAAGUGGACUGCAGGGACUGAUAAUCCAGGUUACAGUUGGGAAAUGGUGCGUGAGAUGGAGGACAUAUGUCGAGGCUUGCAACAUCUUGUCACCUUCCCAGUACGGGCGGCCCUUUUGGCCCAGUCUGUCUCUGAGCUCACAUGGCUGCUGCAACAGUCAGACAGGUAUUCUCUAACAGUGUGGACCAGCCAGAACGACAAAUUUAAAGUACAGGACCUGCUGCCUUACAGAACAUGCAUUGAUGUCAGCAGGAUCUGCUAUGACCUACCAGAAGCGCUAAGGACGGAGCUGACAAAGGAGACUUUACAAGAUGAGACCUGAACAAUCAAGUCGUUUUUUCAUUGAUGACUACUUUUUUACUUGAGUCAUAUUAUUCUAAAGUAACAGUGCUCUAACUUGAGUGCAAUAUUUGGCUACCUCACCCAUCUCUGCACACAAUAAGUUGUAUUUUUCUGUACAUAAAUGAAAUGGUGAAAUAAUCACGAUCGUGAUAUGUUUUGUGUCACACGACGUUUUCUGAUUUGAUGAAGAAAUGUAUUUGGUAACGGUAAAACUGCUGCUAUGACGGUGUCCAUAAUGACAGUGAGUUUAUGGCAACACUGUGUACAGUAUAUUGGAGUUAACAUUUACCAUUUAUAAAUUACAGCAAUUUUGUGCAUAUAUAAAAGUCCAUGUACCUCCAUUUGGGUGGUUCAAUAAUAUAGUAAAAUAAACCAAUUGUGGGUACCAGACCACACUUUUUGGGUUGAAUUCAGGCCAGUAACUUCUGCACUGAAUAUUAAAUUUCUUUGCCUCUUCA